AUUUUAAGAUUAUUUUCGUUAAACGAGAAUAAAAUUGAACGAUUCUUAUUUAUUUUGUUAAUAAAAAGUCAAACACGUAACUUGUAAUUUUGACUUGUGCCAAAGGAAUUAAUGUGCGCCAAGUGUUUUUUUAUUUUUUCUUCUUCUUUUUUAAAUAUGUAAAUAAAUCUUUGUAUUAUCCUGUCGAAAGAAGAAAAAGAAAAAGAAAAAAGAGAGAAGAAUACACGUGUAUUUUUUUGGGGGGUUGAAAAUAGUUUUGCAAGAAUUUCUUCUUCUACUUUUUUUUGUUUUGUUUUGUUUUGUUUAUAAAAAAUAAGAAAAAAGACGCGUCAACAAGUGAUGAUUUAUCUGGUUAAUAUUUAUUCCACGUGGUAUAUCCACAAUGUCGACAUAUGUAGUCGACAGCAAUCACUUAUUUCGUGCUAUACACUCUGGAUGCGUGUUGAUGCCUUUUAACACCCAUGAGUUAAUAAAGUUGGCUUGUAUUCAUUAGUAGAAAUAUCAUUGCGAAUUCCGUUUCUAUCAAACAGUACCUUGGUGAAUCUUGGUAAAGACGGUCUAACAAUGUAAAAUCUGUUCAAAUCAUUUUUUAUCAAAGAAAUAUUACAAAUAAAAUUGUAGAUUUGGUUUGUCACGUCAAAGAAAGGAUUACAAUUUAAUUAGAAAAUUAUCUUGGGGCUUGUGUCAAUCAAUAAAUAUGGAAAGAAAAAGGAUACCCGGUAUAUUGAGAAGAAUUGAAACCAAUUGUUCAUUGAUCGACAAACCUUCUGUCACAUUUUUUAACGUGAAACAUCAAAAUAAGGAAAGUGUUAUGAGUGAAAUACGUGAACUUGACGAUGAACGUACUGCAAUUAACCAAUCGGAAAUGUUAAACAAAUUAAACAUCGACGAGCAUGAGGAACAAGAAGAAUGUGAUGAACGUGAAGAAGAUGAUUAUUCUGCAUCUGCAUCCGCCAUUAUUUUAAGACGUAAUUCAUCUAAACGAUUGAGUAAACGUAAACGACGUACUUCAUCACCUUUUAUGGUGGAAGGUGAAGAUUCCAAUGUCAUUCGAAGACCAUCAUCAGCUUACACGAAUAGUUCAGUCGAAACUGGUAUCUCAAUUGACGAGGGUGGUACGCAAGAACAAAUUUUUGAAAAAUUAAAAUUACACAAAGAAGUUUUGAACGGUGUUAAGGAAGAACCAUGGCCAUUGCGUAAAAAAAUGAAACUCGUUAGACAAGCAAAAUUGUAUGUUAGAAAACACGAGGGUGUAUUGAAAGAAAAAUUAGCACAAAAUCGUAACACGAAGGACGUUGUUGCACGUGUUUCUCUUUUAAUCACAAAGAAAUGGCAAUAUUUUCGACGAGAAUUCAUUAAUCUUGAAACUUGGCUCAUACCAUGGGAACUUCGUAUCAAAGAAAUCGAAUCUCAUUUUGGUUCGGCCGUAGCAUCCUAUUUUACAUUUUUAAGAUGGUUAUUUUGGAUUAAUUUUGUGAUUACGAUAACAUUGACAGCAUUCGUAGCAGUUCCUGAGAUGCUCAUAGCUGACGUUAAAUUAGCGGGUGAAAGAAAAAUAAUGCCGAAGGAGGAAAGCAUGAAAUCUAAUCAUUUAAUGACAUUAUGGGAAUUCGAGGGUAUUCUCAGAUAUUCGCCAUUUUUUUACGGAUGGUAUACCAAUUACGAUUCGAAGAAAAGUUACAGACUACCAUUAGCAUAUUUUGUCACCAAUCUCGUUGUCUACACUUACAGCUUCGUUGUCAUAUUACGAAAAAUGGCAAAAAAUUCUCGUUUAAGUAAAUUAACAGAGAAAGAAGAUGAGUGUGCAUUCUCAUGGAAACUUUUUACCGGUUGGGAUUUUAUGAUCGGUAAUCCUGAAACAGCUCAUAAUCGUUUAGCAAGUAUAAUAGUUAGUUUUAAAGAAACAUUAUUGGAAGAAGCUGAGAAAGAAAAAGAUAAGAAAAGAAAUUGGAAAAUAAUAUUGACGAGAAGUUUCGUUAACGUUUCCGUAUUACUUUUAUUAACAUUGUCAGCAUUUAUCGUGGUCAAAGUAGUUGCUAGAAGUGCUGAAGCGGAAGAAACUAAUAAUUGGUGGACACAAAAUGAAAUAACAUUGGUUAUGUCAUUGAUUUCUUAUAUAUUUCCAAUAAUAUUCGAAGUGUUAGGUCUUUUAGAAAAUUAUCAUCCACGAAAACAACUCAGAGUACAAUUGGCACGAAUAAUGGUUUUGCAUCUUUUAAAUUUGUACACGUUAAUAUUCGCCCUUUUCAGCAAAAUAAGUUCCAUGAAAAAUUCAUCGAUCGAGUUAAUACCUGCCAAACGAAAUUGUACAUUAACACCUGUAGAAUGUGUCGGUAAUUUCAUCGAUUCAGAAUCAUCAGCAGUUACUUUAGCAUCACUCAGUUUAAUGUUAAUGGGAAGUGUUGCUUAUGCAAAUAUUACUGAUCAUUCUAUCAAACAAGAUCAAUCUGAUGGUAUUAUGAACAAAUUUACAGUACAAUACGAUGGUUUAAUCAAACAAUUUUUAUCGGAUGAUACUCAGUUUAAUUAUUAUCAUGGUGAUUACAAUUCUAAUUCGGAAGAAUAUUACGAUGGUAAUUCGAUAAUCGAUAAUAUUUCAAAUAUCGAUGAUGAAUCGAAUUAUACAUGGUCAACAACUACAAUGAUUGAUAAUGAAAUUGUUAAUGAAACAUUACGAAUGAUUGAUUAUAAUUUGAACAUGGAAAUGAAUAAUCAAAAUAAUGGAAAUAAACAAAUGAUUAUGUGUUACGAGAGAGUUUGUACGAAUCACAUAACACAAAAAGAGGUACCUGUACAAAAAUUAGAUUUGAAAACGCGAAAGGAAAUGCGACGACUUUGUUGGGAAACGAUGUAUGGACAGGAACUUGCUAAAUUAACUGUUAUGGAUUUGGUAAUGACAAUUGGUGCCACACUUGGUAUGGAUUUUUUUCGUGCAGUAUUCGUACGUUACAUGAACAAUUGUUGGUGCUGGGAUCUGGAAAAACAAUUUCCGCAAUACGGUGAUUUUAAAAUUGCUGAAAAUAUACUUCACUUGGUUAACAAUCAAGGUAUGGUUUGGAUGGGUAUGUUCUUCAGUCCUGGUUUGGCAAUGCUGAAUCUUCUGAAAUUAGGGAUAUUAAUGUAUUUACGUUCAUGGGCUGUUUUAACUUGCAAUGUACCCCAUGAAAUAGUUUUUCGUGCAUCCAGGUCAAACAAUUUUUAUUUCGCAUUAUUAUUGAUGAUGUUAUUUUUAUGCGUAUUACCAGUUGGUUAUGCCAUUGUUUGGGUUGAACCAUCUUGGCAUUGUGGCCCAUUUUCGGGUUAUCCAAGAAUUUACAUGUUCGCUACUGAAAGUCUCAAAGACAGUUUACCUGAAGUAAUCAAACCAUGUCUCGAUUAUAUUUCAUCAGCUAGUAUGGUAAUACCAUUAAUUGUUUUGAUGACUUUAAUCAUUUAUUACAUGGUAUCACUUACUGGAUCACUUAGGGAAGCUAAUAAUGAUUUAAAGAUACAAUUACGUCAAGAACGUACGGAAGAAAGACGGAAAUUAUUUAAGAUUGCUGAAAAAAGACAAAAGGCCAUAGAUGCACCUUUGUUCACAAGAUGGAAACAAAUCUUGCCAGUUUUACCAUCGAGUAAUUCAAAUAAAUGUAAAAAUUCAACCGACGAUUCCUAUACGGUGAUCGUGAUUGAAAAACCAGACGAGUUGGCGAUGAAUGAAAGAAAAUAUUCUAUAACCUCGGAAGAAGUUGGUAUUACCGAUUGUGAACCUGAAUCUUUGCCACAUGAUUCGAAUUUGCAUCAACAGCAUGCCUCUAACAAAACUUGUUACAAGGUUCAAGAUUCUGCCAGCAAUUCUUUAGAAUCAUCGUCCAGUAAGAAGAAUACUAUGAAAUGAAAUAAUUGUACAGAAAAUUUGACGAUGAAUUUAACUUAUGUUGAAUGUGAAAAUGAAAUAUUCAAACUUUCGGGCACAAUUUUGAUUGAAACAAAUAUUCAGAAGAGAUUCGAAUAAACGAGGAUUAAAAAAUGAUCAAUCAUUAAUAUUCAUAUUUGGUAAGCAAAUAAAAUAAAAAAGAAGAAAAUAUGACAAGUGAAAUGAUUGUACACAAAAUUUGACGAUGAAUUUAACUUAUAUUGAAUGUGAAAAUGAAAAUAAUAUAUUAAAACUUGUGGGCACAAUUUUCAUUGACAAACAAAUACACUGUUAUCGACAAUAUAUUAUCCUCGAUAAAAAAAAAAAUUCACACGUUAUAUUAUUUAUUUAUUAUUAUAUAAAAUAUAUAUUUAUAUGCGUAAUAAAAUUGUUAGGUACUUAUUGCUAAAUUAGCAAGUGUCGAAAUAAUCUAACACACUGAGGUAUGCAGUUUUUCGUAGUCUUUCGUUUUUAUAAAUUGAGAAAUAUUUCUAACAGAUCUCGUUUAAACUUUCAUACGAACAAACGUGUUUAUUAACGUCUGAUCACGCAUGCAUAAAAACACACACACAUACAUACAUACAUACACACAUACACGCAUUACAAUUAAGAUAAUUCCAUACGUGGUAUGAAACGUGUUUAAGUUUGUUUUUCUUUUCUCUUUUCUUUUAAAUAAAUACUGAUCGUUUUGUGCAUAGUUGCAAACCUUGACAACGAUAAAAACGUUUCGAAGAAAAAAAAAGAAAAAAAAAGAAAAAAAAAUAAGAAGAAGAAUCCUUGUACUACUUUACAUUACAUUAGAUUGAAUUUAUAAUAUCACUUUUUAAAAAAUUAUUUAAACAUCACUGUGUUAUUAUUUAAAUCGUCGAAUAUAUACUUUGGUCGAUGAAACAAAUAAACAAAAAACAAAAAAAAAAAAAAA